CAGUAUCAUAGCGAGAUGCAUUACCUGACCAUCAUCAGCGAGCUUUUCGAUACGAGGAGAUCGAGUAGAGUGACUCGAAUCAUUGUCGAGGAUAAAGAACUAGUGGCUACUGGGCAGCAGAAAGCGAAGACGCAAGUUCGGGCUGUUAUUCAUGGACUGGAUCCGCUUGAUGAGGAGUAUUUGAACAACAAGUCGGCGUUUAGCUUGCCGUCAAAGCACUGCUGCGAGGCCAUGCUGCAAGCAUACUUUUCUCUUGCCCACCCCCACGCCCCUAUCCUCGACCCCGUCGAAUUCGUCAAGUCGUACCUCUCUGGCACAUUCUCCCUCUUCCUCAUGCAGGCUUUACUCUCCAAUGCUUCGCUAUAUGCGCCUAUGCCUCUGCUCGAGUCUUGCGGCUUCAAAUCGAGAUGCGAGGCCAUCGAGACGUACUACUCAAGAGCAAGCUUGCUGUACCAGUUUGGCUGCGAGAGGAACCAGUUGCGGUCGCUGCAAGGAUCAGUGGUGUUGGGCAUGACUGCCGUGACGGGAUCGUUUGAUCGGGAUUUCAGAUACUGGCUUCAUAAUGCUGUCAGGCUUGCUGUUAAGAUGGGACUGCAUAAGAGCUUUGCACACAAAGAGACAGAGUCACCAACAAGUAAACUAUAUCAAAGAAUCUGGUGGUCUCUAUAUAUCCGCGACAUUACGCUCCUCCUCGGCGGCGUAGAAAACAUGCGCAUGAUCCACGCAGAAGACAACGAAGUCCUCACCCUCCCAACACCUGAAUCCCUCGGCGACGACAUCCCAGAAUGCUACACCCAUUUAAUCCCACCUCUAUCACAGCAGCAGCGCCAAUAUUUCAUCGAAUACUGCCGUCUCGCAAGAAUAGCAACACGCUGCUUCUCCAUCCUAAAGUCCCAUCCCCACGAAGCCCUCGACUACAUCCAAUCCGAACUCCACGUCUGGCGCACUUCGCUCCCCGAGAUACUGCAAGCCAACCAUCGCCAGUCCCACGUCCGCAGCGACUCCAUCUGGCACAUGGUCCUCAUGACGUCGAGCUACCGCUACGAAAGCAUGCUCUGCCGCAUCCUGAAGAAGAAAUCCGAAGGUCGUCAUCCGGAGCUCCAGCAAAGAUCGGCUCAGGGCGUGAGAGCAGCGGUAUAUGAGCUUGAUGCCAUCAUAGGACGAGCUAUGGCGUAUGAUAUGUUGCAAAUGCUUCCAAUGGCAUUCAUCAGCGUCGUCCCUACCGUCUUGGCACUACACCUCGAAAUCGUCCUCAGCCCCUCCGAAGGCGACAUUGUCAAGUCCCGUUCCCGAAUUUACAUCCACCAAGCCAUCGUCUUCCUCCAGCAAUGUCGCGAUCUUCCCUUUAUGAAAAUCGCCCUUGAACUCGCUGACUGGGCGCUAACCAAGCAAAAUCUUCUCUCUACC